AAUUUCAUUAUCAACAUGGCCGCGCACAUGAGCAUGUUAUUGAGCUGUUAAAAAGACAGCAAAUUUAUGUAAAAAGGUAAAAUGGAAGAGGUUGGAUUUCCAAAACCGACAGAUAUUAGCGCAAAUAUACCAAUUGAUUCUUGUGGUAAGCUACAAGAUGACCCUAUUGCUACACCAGUCGAAACAAAACAUGAACCCACCGAUAACGUGAGCGAAAACUCAAAAGAGAGUGCUUCCGCGCUUGCACCCAUAGACCCCAAAGAUGUGACAAUACUACCUCCCCCAGAAUACCGUUGUCCAGGUAGAGGUAGAUGGACAAAUCAACUCAAAUACCUCCUGGUGACAGUAAUCAAGCCAAUAUUGAAUUUGAAGUGCUCGAGGUAUUUCAAGACACCUGUAGACCCAAUAACUCUAAGAGUUCCGAAUUACUACGACAUAAUCACAAAUCCGAUGGAUCUGGGUUCCAUAAAGAAGCGCCUGGAAAAUAAUUACUACAUAAAUGCUCAGGAAUGCAUAGAUGACGUCAACCUUAUCUUAAGAAAUUGCUACACUUUCAACAAACCAGAUCAUUGCGUAUACCUAGAAGGCCGCAGCUUAGAAGAGCAAUUUAAAAAGAAAAUAGGUAAAAUGCCAUUUGACGAAAUCGAGAUUCCGUUCAAUUCGAAAUCGCAGACAGUGGGUAGUCCCAAGAAAAAGUACGUUCCGAUAACGCCCUCGCGGCACCCAGUUGUGCACUCCACUUCUUCAGAGCCAUCUGCAGUUGAUAGUGUUAAAGUUGAGCCACCAGUGCUUGUCGAGAGUACGCAGCCCGACUGUCCACCUACGUCAUCUUGCGACGUUCUUAAAGAAGAGCAACCCUCGCCGCCUCCUCUAGAAGACGCAAGAACUCCGCAAGUCGAGUGUGAUCAAGAGGACAACGAUGACGAGCCAUUGGCGCCACCUCCGCUCACCCCGGCACCUCCAGUUUCAGAGGACAACAUAUCUCCCGCUGAUUUGUCCUCGCAGACUGUAACGCAAAGCGGCUUGCCAAUCCUAGAAUGUGCCAUAAACAGGCCGCAACUUAGUCCUGAUGAUUCAGUGAGCAGUGCGGUAGAUGAUACGACGGUACACUCUACACAAGAAGACGACAGGCUGCGAUUUGGAAACGCUUCAUCCAACGCUACUAACCCUCUAAAUAUAUCAAUAGAUGAAACAAAGGAAGACGAUUGCUCAGCAAGUGAUACAAGUGCUCCCUUUGAUGGUCAAGAAAACGGAGAGCUGCAUACAAUAGUUACGUCAAGUGUGAGACCAUUUGCCGUUCAACCCUCUAAGACGAAAAAGGGAGUAAAAAGGAAAGCAGAUACAACUACACCGCACACACCAUCAUUCAACAAAACAAACUCUGCCUCUUCAUUCUACGCUGAUGAUAGCAAUUCUGCUAGAACGAGCACGCGCAAAAUCAAGCCGCCAAACAAGGAGCUUCCUGGUGAAGACGAACCGUUUGGGAAGGCGAUGAAAAAAUCACCUCUCAAUAAUCAAUUGCGAUUCUGCGAAAAACUCAUCAAAGAGUUGUUAGGGAAAUCACACGCUGAAUAUGCAUGGCCCUUUUAUCAACCGGCCUAUGAAAAGUGGCACCUCCCUGACUACUUGGAGAAAAUAAAGAAACCAAUGGAUUUGGGAACGGUUAAAAAGAAGCUAGAGGCGCGUGAAUACAAGAGUGUGAACGAGUUUGCUGAAGACAUGCGGCUUAUUUUUCACAACUGCUACCAGUACAACCCCUCUGACAAUCCAAUUCAUCAAAUGGCGCAGAAAUUACACUCAAUGUUCGAGAAUAAAUUCGCGAGACUUCCUUCCAAAGCGUCGCCAUCAUCAAGUGAAUUGUCGUCGUCAACAAGUACAAGUUCGGAACGCAGUCUAAACGGGAUUUCGAUUCAUAACCGAGCCUCCCAUUCGCAUCCAUCGGGUUACGGUAAAAGCUACCAGGCAAACUUUGUAGCUUCGAAGGUAGCUGCUGCCAAACAAGCAUCCCCGAACAAAUACAAGAAGGCAAAUGGUGACAUUCGAAGUGCGCAUGACGGUCGCAAGAGUGCAAAGUAUUUCAAGAGUCAAACUGUAACUUCUGCAAAAUCUACCGAGCCUAGUCCGCAGUCUAAAAAUGUGUCACCUCAACUGGCGGUUGUCAACCCACCGCCUGAAAUACCAGAUGCAGGGACCAUUGCUGCUCUGCAAAAACAAUUACAAAUGGUCAUGCAGCAGUUAACGCAGAUGCAGCAAGGAGGCUUUCAACAUGAUGACAAAGCUCGUGAUGCUAGUAGUAUACAGAGUCAAAUAGACAACCUAAACCAGAAAAAGCCACGUGCUCCUAAGCGACCAAGAAAAUCAAAGGUUAUCGCAGAUGCAGUCGAUUCCAGCAGUAAAUCAGGGUCUGUGGUCUCUUCAGCAGUGACUAGCAGCCACAGUAUGGCCAACUCAGCGUCUAUAGCAGAAUCAGUGGCCACGACUGUUUCUAUGGUAGCUUCUAGCAAACACGACAGACAUGAAUAUGGUGCUAUGGAAUCCAAGAUAUCUCCUACGUCAGUUUCCUCCAACAUCAAAACAGAACAGCCACCUCUAUCUUCUCACAAUUCUCAACCUAGUGAUCUUCCAAACAGAGCAAGCGUCAUCACUACCACUGCAGCAACCAACUCUAAGUCACUUAAAACUGAGCCAUCUCGGACAAUUUCUCCGCCAGUAUCUCGAACUAUCGAUUCAUCUCCACACGAUCUGGGUCCGGGCCAGUUACCGUUGACGAAUGGUCCAGUCACUUCUGCUGCUGUUUCAAUGAACACAUCUUCGUCUUCGAGUAUGCCAGGACCUAACAGCUAUUGGUCAAACUCAGUCAGUAAAACCAAUGCCAACUCGGACACACAGUCAUCCAAUGCAUCGACCUCGGCUGCUCCCACCUCGGCCAAACCAGGCAGGAAGAGCACAAAGAACUCAAACGACUCGCGUCAUUCGCCCCCUGCCAAAAAGUCAAAUCUGAAGAAAGUCACCAAAAUGCCACGACCUUCAGACUUUGUGUUGGACAGCGACGAAGAAGACAAUGCCACUGACAUGACUUACGAGGAAAAACGCCAAUUGAGCAGCAAUAUCGACAGACUGACCAAACCACAGCUGUAUCGAGUUGUUCACAUAUUGAGAGCUCACGAGCCUCAGCUUCAAGAUGCAGACGUUGCUGAAAUCACGCUGGAUCUGGAAACAGUUCGGGCUGUCACUUUGAGGGCUUUGGAAAAAUUUGUCAAUCAAUGUCUGAAGUCGAAAAAGCCGCGAGGUGCCGCUGCAUCUGCUAAAAAACAAGCUCAAGCACCGCCCCCACCGGUUGCAAGCGACACGUUGCCCCUGGAAGAGUAUGAGAGUCGGAAGGAGGAACUGGUGCGCAAGAUUGAGGAGCUAGGAGGGAAAAAAGUUGCCAAAUCUUAUGAGAAAGAUCUCAGCGAGGGCAUAAACCUGGACCCCGUCAAUCACGGAGUGCGUAAUUUGAGCGAUAACAGCUCCAGUGAUGACUCCGGUGAUUCGAGCAGCGACUCAGACGGAAGCAGUGACUCGGAUGAUUCCAACUCCGACGAUGAAAGUCCGCAGAAAGGCGGAUCAAAAAGUGCCGCUGCUGCAAAUAGCCAAAAUUCAGCAGGAGCGAAGAGACGGCAGUCCCCCAAGGGCUCUUCAUCCCACCCUAAUUCUGGUGGUGUGAACGGAGAGAGAAAAAUAUCAGCUUCACAGUCUGCCUUCUCUAAUUUUGCACAGGGCAUCAAGACAACUGAAUCGUCCAGCUUCUCUUCAGCACUAGGAGCUAGCGGAGGCAUCGCUUCUUCGGCUUUCAAGUCCAAAACCGGAUCAAACGAUGCAAGCGGAACUGCAAAUGGCAGCAACAGUGUGAGUGCGAACGUGAACAAAGUGUUGAGCACUUGGAACAGUGCACUUUCAACCACGACAAGUGUGACAUCUUCAACUGCAUCAUCCGUGAACUCAAUGUUCCAACAGUUUCAGAAACAAGCCAGAGAGAGAUCACAGUUUGAGCAACAACUGAAGAACAAGGCACAGAGCGAACAUGCGUCAAACCGCGUGAAGACUUCGAAUGCGCCAAAUUUGUCUGAAAGCGAAGAUGAAAUGGAAGACGUGGGAGGCAUGGGCAGUUUCGGGACGACACAUGGACAUGUGGUGGACUUGAAUGAGCAAAUGAAUCUGAUCAACUCGUUCGAGAGCUCAACGACUUCCUGAGGCCUCAAACUUCUACCAUAAAACAGCGUAUAGUUUCAGCGAUAGAAACUUGUCUUUUCCAAAAACUGUGGUGCUUUUCUUCUGCGAUCAUUCGCCUGUCGGCCGACUAAAUGUUUCCAAUGGACGAAAGAAAGUAAAUGAUAGCUAAACAAAACGCCACGAGAGACAAAAAACGAUCAUUGCCCGUGCAAUCCUAUAUCAGAACCAAAACUUUAUCACGUUUCCCUGUAUGUGGAAACAAGAUCAUAUACAUUUUGAAAUGCAAAACAGAUGCUCAAAUACUUAGAUAUAUAAUAGUUAAUAACGCCAUCUUUAUAUGAUACUUGUAAAUGAUAAUUCUCUCUAUUUGUUAUUCAGGAUUUGAUUUCCGUGUACCGUACUCAACUUUAAACUACCUUAGUUACCACCUUUUCAGAACACAGCAGUAAAACUAAAAAUAAACAAGCACCUUGUACCUUGUUUUUGCUUAAACUUUACAAUGACGUAUUUAGAUUUAACUAAAAUAGGACCGUUAACAUAGUUACUUCACUAUCAUUACAGAUAAUUUUUGUGCUACGAUUGUUAUCUCCAUUUGUCAAAAACGAACUUAAAGAUCAUUGUCAAGUUGACUAUUAUAAAACAACAAUGAUUUCUGCAAAUUUUGAGGUGCUACUACUUUACAUUGCAAUCCUUGAUCUGUCCGUUGUGCGAUAAGUUUCAAUCAAAGCAAGCUUAUUAAACUAAUUUCAGAUUAAGUUCGUCCGAAAAAAACGCCCCUUCCCUCAAUGAAUUAAUUUUUCUUGUUUUGUUGAUGGAAAUAAUGUUUAAUUUCUGUUCUUUUAUACUCACAAAUUUCAACUGUAUAAUGAAAACAAAAAUGGUCGUUUCAUUAUGUGCUGGAAAGUGAUGUUGGAAGAAAACAAACUCUGUUAUUGUUGAUUAACGACUGAUAUGGCAGUUUGAGAGAGUGAACGUUUCCUUUAUUAAUGAAGUGACUUAUACUGAUGCGUACGUACUUUAAACAUAAAUUUCAGAAAUUAAAAUUAAAAAUUUGA